AUGGAGAAGGUUUAUGCAGACCCUAACAUGGAAGCUGAUAAUACAGAGCACAUCAGAGGGAAGCGACUGUCCUCUAUUUUGAAGGCUCCGCGAAAUCCUCUUGAUGAUCUGGGAAACGGGAAUGAAUUGACGCAGGAUAUCAAUAUAGAAAAACGUCGGAAAAACUCUCGCCGCGUCAGCUUUGCGAACACCAUAAAAAAUGAAGAACCUGAAGCUGUUCCCUGUGAGAUCACUGGGAUGAACACUUUGCUUCAUGCCCCUAUACAGGCAUUGGUGCAGCAGACUGAGUGGUAUGAUGUGGACAACACCAUUCAAAGAACAAAUAGGCAUGACACCACCCUCAUCUUUUCGGAUGGAAAUGAAAUGGAUAUGACAGCUAGUCACACUGCAGUGAUUACACGUAACCUGAAAACCAAUCAAGCCGACAAAACUGAGAAAAGAGAUAUCACGUCAUUUCUGGCUGGGUUAAACUCUAACAAUGGAAAGGCAGAAAUGAGCAAAGAAUUUCGUUUCUUCUCUGACCCUACAAAUGAUUUGUGCCCAUCUUUUGAACAGAAGGAAGAUGCUACUGCUGUAAAAAAGAUAAAUUUCAAUGAAUUUUUGAUGACCUUGAAGUCAAACGAAAAGGCACUCAAUCCUUUUGAGGGACCUGAAAAAGAGAAUGUUUUCUUUGUCCCUUCGCAAGUCUCGGAAGACACGGCACGAUCGCCAGUGGAAUUUGUAUAUUCCCAUGAACCGCUGGACACCUGCGAUGUAACGAAAGCCUUCAGAGGGCAAGAUGAUGGAAUGGAAAUGACGAAGUGCCAGGCAUCUGAUGUUAAAGCUAUGUUUUCUGGUAUUUGUGAAGCUCCACCAGAGCAAUUACUGUGUGUGGAUGUUACCGAGGCAUUUGUAGAUGAUGGAAUGGAUAUGACAACUAGUCACACUGCAAAAAUGUCUUUUCCCUUCUCCAGUGUUGGGAAUCAAAGUGAGAAGACAGUCAUAUUCUCCGGAGAAGAUAUGGACUUGACCAAAACCUGUGUUGUCAAGGAUGAUGGAAAGAAUGUUGAAAAUGAAUGUGAGAAAACAACUAUAUUUUCAGAUGAUGCCGAUAUGGACAUCACCAGAAGUCAUACAGUUUCAGCAGACAAAAUGAUUUUGCAGUGUAAAAAUACAAAUGAUGACAUAUCUUUAAUUUCUGGAGAUAAAACUUGUGUUUUUACCUACAAUGAUGACAUGGAAAUAAGCAGACUCGAUACUGUUGCAGUUGACAAAUCUCUGGAAAAGGCUGCAUCUCAAGGGAUGCUUAACGUGGCUAAAAGGACUGGAAGGAAAAGCUUGAAGGGAACAACAGGGGAAAAGACUGUUUUAUUUUCACUGGACAAUGAGAAUAAUGACAUGGAGAUCACAGAGAGCCAUACGGCUGCAAUAGGCCAUGAAAUGGUCUUGCCAAAUGAGGUAGGGCUUCACUCUGCCUCUUCAGCUCAUCCUGUUAACACUGUUAGGUUCACAAGUAGCCAGGCUGACAUGGACAUUACCAAGUCUUGCUCUGCUGAUAAAAUUACUGUGAAAGUUGUAUGUGAUGAUAAACUGAACUUGGAUAAGGAGGUUGGACAGCAAGCACUUCCGAAGAGCGAAGCUACUAUGUUUGCGAUGGAUGAUAUGGAAAUCACUAAAACCCAUAAUGUAGCUUUGGAAGAAAACUCUCUGCAAGGUAGGCAACCCAAUCAGGCUGUUCCUUUAACUUCCACAAUUAUGUUUACGAGUUACCAGGCUGACAUGGAAAUGACAGAGUCUCACUCUGUUGAUGAAAGUAUUGAAAGGGUCUUAUGUGAGGAUCGAUUAAACCUGGCUGAGCAGGUUGGACAGGAGGCCGUUUCGGCGAGCAAAACCGUCAUCUUUGCUUUGGCCGAGGACAUGGAGCUCACUAAAACUCAUACAGCUGUAUUAAGUGGUAUCUUCCAGCCUAAAUUACCAAACAGAAGAAAUCCUUCUGUUUCUAGUGUGCAAGACAUAAAUGCAAAGUCUUCAGACAAAGGAGAAGCACCAGUUUCAGAAGUAAGUGUAAAUGCUGGUGAAACCCCAGGUAACAGUAAGCCCAGCAGGCAGAACUUCAGCCCUUCUCAGUUUAUAGCAGAAGAAUUUCUUCCUGUCUGCCUGGAAGAAAUGGAUUCAAAUGAAUCUGUAAGCUCUGAACUGAUGGAAAAUGCUUGCAAUGAGAUAAGCAAAAAACAAACCUCCCACAAUGAAAAGAAUCAAUUUGAAGAGACAAAAACUUGCAACAACACAAAAAGAGCUUUGGAACCACACGAGGAGGAUCUUCAAAGUCCAAAGAAGCUCAAGAGGGAUGAAAACUUGGACGGUGAGGCCUCCCAAGACUUGCAGGUUACUUUUGGCGCUGUGUCUCAAAGCCACGUGGAAGUUCAUGAAGGUGAAGAUCCUCCAAAUAUCUCGGGUAAAAGCCCUGAUUGUACUCAUGCCAGCACCAGCAGCUCUCUGGAGUCUGUUAAGGCUGACACAGAAUUAACAAGUAAGGCUUCCUUUCGAAGCAGUCAGAUGGAGUCUCAGCUUCUCACAGACAGCAUUUGUGAAGAUAACUUACGGGAGAAAUUUCAGAAUGGUCUUAUCACAGUUGGGGAGUUUUUUACGCUGCUUCAAGUCCAUGUUCCGAUUCAGAAGCCCCGGCAUAGCCAUCUUCCAGCCAACUGUGCGGUCAGUGAACCACCUACUCCAGAAGACCUCAUUUACAGCCAAUAUGUUUAUCGCCCCAAGCUGCGUAUUUAUGAAGAAGAUUGCGAGGCCCUUUCUCAGAUGAUAGAUGAGUUAAAAGUGUAUGCAGAUGUCCAGGAUCAGCUCCUGGUGAAUGUGAAUAAGAGUUUGUGGGAAGUAAUGAGAACCUGCUCUGAUGAAGAGCUGAAGAGCUUUGGAGCAGAACUGAACAAAAUGAAAUCCUAUUUCACCAAGGAGAGUAAAAUCUUGGCUCACAAUGAGAAAGCGACAUUGUACAGCAAAUUGCUGCAGAGCGCGCAGGAACAACAUGAAAAGCUACAGUCAAGAAUAGAAAAGGUGGAUGAAUUGCUGGAGGAGGCAGAGAGCUGUCUUGUUGCUCUGGAAGCAGAUUCUGACUGGGAAGACUGGGAAGCAGACUGCGGUGAUGAAAUGGCAGAAGGGAAAAGCCUAAAGAAAGAAUUGGAAAGCCUCAAAGCCCAAGAAGAGGAACUUCAAAGAGAACUGUCAGAUCUGGAGACUGAGAAUGAGCAAAUGCUUGCUCAGAUGAACCAGCUACAGGAAAAAGAAAAAAGCUGCCAGGAACUCCUGGAGAGAUACGACUUCACCGAGUGGGAGAUUACUGAAUGGAGUGAACAGCAGGCAGUCUUUAAUUUUCUUUAUGAUUCUAUUGAACUCACAGUUGUGUUCGGACCCCCAAUAGAUGGUGAUGUUUCUGGUGAAGAUCCUUCCAGAAAGAUAGUUAGCCUGAACUUUGAAUCUCUCUUGGAUGAGGAAAAAGCUCCACCCUCCUCACGUUUAGUCCAAAGACUCAUCUUCCAGUUUAUUGAAAGUCAGGGAUGCUGGCAGGAAAAGUGUCCCACACUGUGCUACUUGCCCCAGGUUCUUCAUGACAUCUCUUUGGUGGUGAGUCGUUGCAAGAUCUUAGGAGAGGAGAUUGAAUUUCUGGAGAGAUGGGGUGGAAAAUUUAAUCUUCUGAAGACAGACAUCAAUGACACAAAAGUGAAGCUUUUGUUCUCCGCUUCCACAGCUUUUGCAAAGUUUGAGUUGACCCUGGCUCUAUCUGCCAACUACCCAUCUGCUUCGCUGCCUUUUACUGUCCAAAAACAAAUUGGGAAUAUUGGGGAGGAGGAAAUAUCUGCUGUUCUGUCCAGUGUGCCAAUUGGCUACCACUAUCUGCGGAGAAUAGUCAGCUUGAUUCAUCAAAACUUGCUCCAGGAUCCCAGAUGA